UAGCACAAAAUGGACAAAGACACUUCACCAUUUGAAUCUGGACAUCAGUUUGAAUGAAAAGAACACAAGGAAGAAAAUAAAAAGUGUGACAUGUAAAAAGAAACCAGCACCAGAGAACCAUUUUAAUCAUUUGUAAAUGGAACAAUAAUAAACACUCUGCCUGCUGCAUGAUGCUUUAAAAGGCCCAAACCAGAAAAUGCCUUAAAAACUGUGAGAAUCUGCGCAGUGAGAUAUUUCUACAGUUUUCAGUCUGCUACUAGGCUCAGCAGCUUGAUCUGGAAAGAGCCAGGGAUGGUAACGAGAAUGCCUGUCUGGGGAGGUGGAAACAAGUGUGGGGCCUGCGGGAGGACCGUGUACCACGCGGAGGAGGUGCAGUGCGACGGCCGGAGCUUCCACCGCUGCUGCUUUCUGUGCAUGGUUUGCAGGAAGAAUUUAGAUAGCACAACGGUGGCAAUUCACGAUGAAGAGAUCUACUGCAAAUCCUGCUAUGGAAAGAAGUAUGGGCCGAAAGGCUAUGGUUAUGGCCAGGGCGCUGGCACGCUCAACAUGGACCGUGGUGAAAGGCUGGGCAUCAAGCCAGAGAGUGUUCAACCUCACAGGCCUACAACAAAUCCAAACACUUCUAAAUUUGCCCAGAAAUACGGAGGUGCUGAGAAGUGUUCCAGAUGUGGGGACUCCGUAUAUGCUGCUGAGAAGAUAAUUGGAGCUGGAAAGCCCUGGCACAAAAACUGUUUUCGAUGUGCCAAGUGUGGGAAGAGUCUUGAAUCAACAACUCUGACUGAAAAAGAAGGUGAAAUCUAUUGUAAAGGAUGCUACGCAAAGAACUUUGGGCCAAAGGGAUUUGGCUAUGGCCAAGGAGCAGGAGCUCUUGUUCAUGCCCAGUAAAGGUGUAAACCCAGAACUAAGCAUCACACACUGAGAAUCUCUUCAUAAUCUAGGCACAGAUAAUCUUCUAACACUAAACUACUGUGAAAUUCUACCAGCAUUAAGUACUGUAUAUUACCCUCUACUUGGAUAGGCUGCUUAACUUGUAGGAAAAGAGCACAUUUGUAUCCCUUUGCUUUAUUCACCAGCAUUUUCAAGAACCAUUUCUUUUACAUUUUAAAUAAAACUUCAGCUUGA